AUGGAUCACAUUGAAUUCAAAGUCCCUGCUGGGUGCUACACAGAAGCUUCUGUGAAGGAACUGAGAGCCUUCCUGAGCUGCACGCAUCGGAAGAUCGGCGAAGGAUCUCUUCCGUGGCGCUUGGCUCAGCGCGGGCUGCAGCUCGUCCUGAUCAUUGCUGAAUUUCUGCUUGCGCCAAGAGUCGUCCUCUAUGCUGGCUGCGAGGAUGGUCGCAUCAAGUUGCUUGAGCUCCUUGAGCAUAUUGAGGAAGGUUCUCGCGUGAAAGAGGUUCGUUUGGUGGCAAGUCCAGAUGCUGCGUCUAAAUCAGGAUUUUGGACCAUCGGCUGUCCCCAGCGAGUUAGCGGGCUGGCAGUUGGUGACAAUUGCCUUCUGGCAGCCAUGUUUUCUGGAUCCUUGCGAGUUUUCUCGCUUCCUUCACACAACGAGCAGGUCAACAUUCACUUGAAAGUACUUCUUCCUCCACAAUCCCCAGUGAUCGUGAAUUUCAUGGGUUUGGUCGCGAGCAGAAGGGCUCUGUAUGUUGUGAACCUGCGUCAGGGCGAGAUUCUCCAUGAAGUCCCGCUGCUGUUUGCAGCAAGGCCUUGCAUUGUUGCGGAGGGUCAAGCCGUAUUUGUUCAGUGCGAUGAAGCGAUUCGGGUGUGGAAGCGCUCGGCAUUGUUGGAGUGCGCGAGUCUGUCUCACGGCGAAGACAUGCAACCUCAGGACUUUCGGAAUCCGCACCGGCAAAUGCUUGUAGGGAUGGCUGUGCUGCCGGGUGGACGCUUCCUGGCCACGGCCUGUCCAGACGAGAUUCGUGGCUGGGCGUGGCCCCUUGAUGGCGCGAAAGAGAUCGCGCCUCACCUUCUUUGGACCGUGUCCACAACUGCAGUUUGUGAGGUAACCUCACUUCUGUGGCUUCCAUCGCUUACUGGAAAUGCUGGACGUCUUGCUGUGUUUGGAGAGUGCGUUGGCUCUCUGCUGGCAUGGGAACUGCAACUUUGCACAUCAUUUCAAGAGGCGCCGGGCUCGCUCACAAUGUCCGAGCUUUCAUGCCCUUCAGCGGAAGCGCAGUCUGUUCCGCUUUCUUCUUCAGUGCUGGGUGGUCUUGCGAUAUGGUCGGAGGCAGGUCGCUUCUCUUUCGGAUUGAGUGGAGCUGCGUCUCCGCUCAAAGCUGGGCAGGACGCGAUGAUAUCUUCAUUGGCACGCUGUGAACCUUGUGCAGCUCUUCCUCGCCUCUUCCCGUAGACGCCGUAGAGCUUCACCGAGGGAAUCUGUUCACGGCGGGACUCGACAGCCCAGAGCCAAGGUCACGGUGCCUCAAGGUGCCCCGUAUCGCCGUAUCGCCUCCACGGCACAGACUUCAGCAGUUUCGUGCUGGAUCGUGCUGGACUAGGCCACAAGAGGCCACCGCAAUGUCUUCGUGCUCCUGUGAACUUCGAGAAGUGGCUCUGCCUCAGAGUCUCGAAGCCACCUUGGAGGUCACAUUGAUAUGAAGGUGCCAAAUGAAUCCGAGAUAUCCAAGCCACGUCUUCGAUGUGCUCUCUCAGCACAGCUUUGCUCCUCAUCUCGCUGUCGCUCCUUGAUGGCUUUGGCCUAUGCAUGCCUAUGCGAGCUUUGGGUCUAUGGCAUCUAUGGAGCCAAUGACUGUGCUGAGCAUCCAACAAUUCCGAAUGUACGUAAGUUUCACAAAUUGACACCGCAAAGAACCAUCGCUAUUCCGAACCAUCAUGCCAUCAUGUUUCCGCCAUGCCUUUGUUCAAAUCAUGCCCGAGCCCUUCCAAUUUUGAAAGUCAAGAAGCCAACAAGAAAGUAAGAACAUGGAACACUCAAAAGACAAAAGAUCCAAGCCAAGGAAGCAGGAGCAGGCUUUGGAAAGGAGAAAGGAAUCCGCUGACCACGAACUUCUGAGACGCAGCCUUUAUAUCAACAUACCAAAA